UUCAAUAUAUAUCGAAUUCAGCGUGCUCUGUCUGUCUGUGUCUGUCUGUGUGUAUUCACUGUCGUCCUCCCAUUGAUGUAUCUGGAAACGCUGAAAUGAAAGGGCAGUGACCAACAAAGGAAGCUCGUGGGUCGAAGCUUCGAUGGACGUUAUCGAAUAUUUCUUUGUGUUGUUGAUAUUAAUAGCUAUGUUGUAGUCACAUCAGUUCGACAAAGAAAGAAUCAUUCGAAGAGAAAAGAAGAUCAAUAUACGCCAUCAAUGCUUACUGAGCCCUCGUAAUAAAUAACUAAUGUAAGUUGAUACUAUCGCCAGCAUGACACAAAACCUCUUCUUUUUGCUGCUCUUGCUACUGCCAGUUCCUGUCACUUCCCUGAUGGCUCCAUCGCUCAAGGAGCUGUUCCCUGUGCCUCGAAUUUACACAGUCCAUGCUGUAGCACGGGUUCCAUCUGUCUCAGCAAUAGACUCUGCGUGAGUAUGAGACAGCCAUUCGUCCCUCGAGAGGAAGC